AUGUUCCGAAAUAAAAAACCCAAAGUAGAAUUAGAUAUAAAUGUGGAGUUGAACUCGUUGUAUAGAGAUACGAUAGUUGUGUAUGGCAAUGAAUACGAGUUGGAACAGGUUCCCAUACGGGGAUAUGUCAGUGUUCAAAGCAACAGUGAUAUUAAAUUGAAAAAAUUGGAAUUGAGUCUUUUGGGAGAUUAUAAGAUUGAGUUUUUACAAACCACCAAGGGGAUGAGUAGUGUGGUGAAAGAUGAGUGGAGCAUACUGGAGUGUCAAUGGGACGAUCUAUUGAGCGGGUCUCUUGGUCGAGUGAUUACCAAAGAGGAUGAAAAUACGAGCACAGGUACUAGCACAACCACAACCACAAACACCAAUGCUAGUGCAUCCACAAACACCAAUGCUACUGCUUCCACAACCACUAGUACAAACAUCCAGUAUAUCACCACCGGGUACAAAACACAAUUGCCCUUCGAGGCAGAACUGCCAGGAAACGUUCCAGAAACCGUAGAAGGUCUUGGCAGUGGCAGUAUUCUAUAUAGGUUCCGUAUUUCCCUAGUGUAUCAACGACAAUCUGUCCACAAAGUCGUCGAGUAUCGCUACGUACGAGUGAUCCGCAGUCUACGGCGAGAUCACGUGGCACUGGGAGAAGAAAUGAGUGUUGCCGAUACCGUAAAGGGACGGCUGCAGUACCGUGUGGGGCUGCCAAGCAGGGCUGUCUGUGUCGGCAGCCAAGCGCCGAUCCCACUGCAGAUCGACCUGGUGCCAUUGUGCAAAGGUCUAGAGUUACAAGCCGUGCAGUGUCGGCUCGUACAACACUACGCGGUAAAGGACCGUGCAGGAGUCACCUAUGACGGCGAGACCCGGCUGGCCCCGUAUCGAAUGCCCAAUAUCGUCCAGCCAAUAAUGGACACACUACGAGUGGUGGGAGGCGUGCCGGUGCCACGUGACCUGAAGUCUGUGACGCAGGACUGCGAGGUGCGGGGUCUCAUUGCGGUGCAUCACGUGGUGGAGCUGGUGGUCACUGUGCACGGCGGCCAGCCGGCCACGCCACGUACCAGUGCCAACACCAGCACAUGCACGCCGCCUCGUGGCUUCCAAAUACGGGUACAGCUGCCUGUGCUGCUGUAUCUGGGCGAGGCUGGCGCGGCUCCGUUGGGCCGGCGUGUCCUGCUGGACGCCCGUACAGGGCGAGCCCACUUCCGCCGCGGCGAGCACGUGCCGCUGUUCAUACGGACUGCCCAUAUGUUGUCAUCAGCAACGGCAGCAGCAGCAGCGGCUGGUGUGCGCCGCGGCAGCACUGUCUCGACAAUCUUGCCGCCGUAUGCCGAGCACGUGCGCGACGUGCUUGUCCCGGACACCGGGGAACUGCCGGACACAUUCCCCGGCACAUUCCCCAGUGCGUUCCGCAGUACGGCCCGCAGUACGGCCCGCAGUUCGUUUCCGGAAACAUUCUCGAACCCAUUCCCCGUCUCGGACAGCACCCUCGAUUCUGGGCCGCCGCCCCCGGACACCGUGGUUGGCCCGGACACUGCCGCUUCCGCUUCCGCUUCCGCUUCCGCUUCCGCUUCCGUCCCCGCGUCCCCCUCGCCGCUCCCAGACACGUGCGCAGGCGCCGCUGCCCCGCCCCCGCCGCUCCCACCCUACACAGGUCCGCAGCACGGCCGGUCCCCGCGCCCCACGCCCCCGCGCCCCGUGCCUGACUCGCCGGCCCCUGCGACCCCACCGCAGCACACACUAUAA